GGACGAUUACUAGGUGGAAGAUAUGAAGAACAAGACCAACAGCAACUUAUGUCGGGAAGCCAAGAAGUGGUAGGUGGAGCUCAAUUUGUACAACUGCUCGAUCUCGAACAGCAUGUGGUGCAGCAACGACUUCCACUUCCACCACCUGACCACGGCCCACGAGCUCCUCCCCCCACACCGUAUGACCAUGAGCCUCGCCUUCAGGACACGAUUCGGAGUAGAGUGGCAGGCGGAAGUUCAUCUCUCCGUGAGGUUCUAAGCCGAUGGCCUUCUCCAGUGUCGUCUUCUCAACCAGCUUCAGUUCAAGGUUCACAUCCAGACCCAGCACAUGCAGAUGUACUAUACCCGUUUCAUCUUCAACAACAAGAACAUGCUUCCGAAUCCGUUCGACAUGAGUCUGAUUCUGAUCGCUUCGGGACUUCUAACACGGGAGGAAACGAAAACACUCCUGCUCCUGUAGUUCUACCUCGUUUUGUUCCGGACAUGCAACAUCCAGCAACACCAACAUUCUACUUAUGAGAUCGCAAACAAAUAAAAUAAGACUUAUGAGGCGCCGGCCAGAAAUAUGAAGGCAAACAAAUAAAACAAAAACAAGAAUACCAUGACUUUAUUAUUAAUCACAUACACCAACAUUACGAUUACAGGUACGAGCCAACGGGCAUUCUGCUGCGAGGCAUGAGAACUGGACGUGAGAGAGAAGAGAGAGAAUGAGUCUAGGUUGGUCGUCUCGAAGAUGGCAGGUCGUGCUCGUGAUCUGAAGAAACAAAAGGGCCAAAAACGAAAGAGUAACGUGCCAAAAAGUAGCACACUCGAGGAUAAAACCACUGGAUUAAAGGAUGGUAUAUAGGACAGGUUGGCUAGGCCUAGCGCUAGAAUUAAUACUAGGGGGUAAGCUCUGGGUAUAGGUAGUCCUACUUCUCGCGCUGUGCGCUAGUUUGGUGCGCCGGUACCCUGGAGCGAACUAGUGGGUGCACAUAGCGCGAGAACCGGGCACUUCUCAGAGGCACGCACAGGCUUCGGCCGCCUUUGAUGAGAAGACCUCCAGCGCAGUUGGACGAACGCGCGGCGCCUAGAAUAGGCGGAUCCUAACAUACACGUGGCCACUAUAGUUCUUUUUAAUCAGACGGAUUUCAUUUUUUAUGUAUUUUUGUUUCCUAGAUAGACGUGCUCCACCGGUCUUCUGGAUCGCAAACACAAUCAGUAAGUAGAAAGACGAUCCUGAUGUAUGUGGUUUCCUUGAGUUGUACUUGUUACGAGUUUAACUAGGCUUACCGAAUAAAGCAGACAAUUUAUUAUUUGCUGAUGCUGAAUUUCUUGUUGAUUCUCAAGUUGAUUGUUCUUGUUCAUCUUCUAACGACCCCCUGCUCCGGGAGGACUUACCUUAAAAAUAUCCCUGUGGUCGAUGGCCUGGCUCCGGGAGGAAUGGCUGCAGCUCCGAAACUGGCGACUCUAACUCUGAAGGCUGCCCUUGGUAUUGCUACUCCAUCUCAUCCACAACGACAAGCGAAAAGAGGUCCAAGGAGACGAGGACAAUAUCAAAAGGGUCUACAUCAGCAAGAACAUCGUGGUCUACAUCAGCAAGAACAAAGUUGUGAUCGUACUGCAAGAGCACGACAUGAUCAACAAGGUGGAGAAUUUCGUGAAUCUGAAGUUGCCACUCUGUUGAGUGGUCCUGGAUAUGUUGAUACGAGGACAAGUGGGUACGCCGAUGCGACUGGAUACCGAUAUGCUGAGCAUGAGCCGUACAUUACACCAACAUCUACUUCUCCGCCACCACCACCACCACGACAUGCCCCACGAACCCCUGAGCAAGACGUCCUGGAUCUUGUGCUGUCUUCCGGCACUCUGCCAGCAGCCGGCACCUCGAAUGACCUGCAUCGACGAGUGGGGAGCGGCAUGUUGUUCGUUAACGAGAUAUCGGAAAAUCAGCAAGAGUGGAUGGACCC